AAGAAUAGUAUCUCGUUCUCCCCAGAAUUCACAAAGAACUUCAGUUUGUUUACCAAAUCGCCGGAGAGAUCAAGGCGGAAAAUAGUUUUCAUUCGUGGCCUGGAAUCCGAGGAAUUUGUUUAUUGCGGAGCGUAAAUUCUUGAUUAAGUGGCGCGAAUUCUUGAGAACAUAAACAUGCAGGAGUUAAUAGUCGGCGCCGGCGGAAUCGGCGUUGUGUUGCAGAACGUCCCAUAUGUAAAUGAGAAUGUCGAGAACGAAAAUCGCCAAAAUAAGCUAAAUGCACCCAAGGCAGAAGAUAACACACCGUUUCCUGGUCUAUCCCGACUCACUCCAUCCCUGAUCCUUUGUGGAGCGGCAGCGGUGGUGCCCACCUACAUGGACAAACUGGGCGUAAGCUGCGUCAUCAAUGUGGCCCCCGAACUUCCCGACACACCACUGCCCAGUCAAAAGAAUCCGCUGUAUCUGCGAAUCAACGCCCAGGAUCGAUCGGAGGUGGAUUUGUCCAAGUAUUUCGAUGAGGUGGCCGACCUGAUCGAGGAGGUGCGUCUCAGUGGAGGCUGCUCCCUGAUUCACUGCGUGGCUGGGGUCAGCCGAUCGGCCAGUUUGUGUCUAGCUUAUUUGAUGAAGCACGCGAGGAUGAGUCUGCGCGAGGCCUACAAACAUGUCCAGUCCAUCAGGCCUCAGGUUCGUCCGAAUUCCGGAUUCUUCCAGCAGCUGAGGCGGUACGAACAGGAAUUAAGGGGAAGCAGUUCGGUGUCUAUGGUAUACUUCGCAUCGUUGGACAAGGAAAUACCCGACAUCUUAGAGCCGGAGUACAGGGCAAUGGAGGACUUCUACCAGCGAUACCGCAGUUCCUUAAAGAAGCGAUAAAUUCAGUCAACUCCAUCUAAUCUUACUUGUGAUACUUGUCCCCUACUGCUAGACCUUAGAUUAGAUCUUAAUAUUCUAUGUGCUUAUAGAUAACCAUGAAAUGCUGAAACUUACAUAAGUCUGCCUAAGUCAAAGAUGUAUGCUUAAACUUCGUAAUUACAAAUACACUUUUAUUUUCGUUUAAGAACAUUGAA